AUGAUUCAACAACAAGGCCAAAAAAACAAACCAACAGCAGUUCCUACUGUUAUAAUAAAUCAAGAAACAGUAUCACCAGGCAAGACAACAAGUGCAUUACAUGAAGAGUCUAUUGUGCAAAUAGCUGCUCUGCUGUACCAAGCACUAGUUCUGACAUUUAUGAAAGUCAGCAGUGAAGACGACGAUCCCGCGAAGAUAGAUAGGGGCGUGCAAGUGAAAAUAAAGUCUAGUAAAGAAGAAAUACUUGAGAAGAAAACUAAGAUUCUUAAGCAAAAAGUGGCGCGCCAAACUAAAAAAAUUCAGGAUAUUUCUUCUUUAAUUGCAACUAUUAAAAAGUAUACGGGUCAGUCAGAAAUUGAAAAUAUUAUUCAAGGGCGCUUUGCUGAUAUCUGUAAGGAUUUCAAAAAGCCACAGAGUAAUCCACAUGGUGUUCGAUAUAGUGAAGAAGUGAAAGCUUUUGCUUUAACUUUGAAUUUCUAUUCACCUAAGGCUUACGAGUUUUUAAGAAAAUAUAUAUCUUUACCUCAUGUAGAAACUAUACGAAGAUCUUUAUCUUUAUUUAACUGUAAUGUUGGUUUCCUCUCUGAAGUACUGGAAUAUUUAAAAGAACAAGUUAAAACACCUGAAAAAAAAAUAUAUUUAAAAAAUGUUGCUUUAAUAUUUGAUGGAAUGGCAUUAAAACAAAAUUUGGCAUAUGAUCAAAAAUUAGACAAAGUGGUUGGGUAUGUAGAUUUAGAACCAAUUCCUGUAAAUUAUCCAGAAAAAUUAGCUUCCGAAGCCCUCGUAUUUAAAUUGUGUCUUACGAUGUACGUUUUAAUUGUCCAAUUGCAUAUUUUUAUUGCAAAUAACUUGUCUGGGGAACUGCUUUCCGAAUUAAUAAAAACCACUAUAAUUCUGCUUGACGAAAUUGGUGUCACCGUAAGAUCUUUGACUUGUGAUGGCGCAUCAUCCAAUGUAAAGGCUUAUGAAUAUUUAGGCUGCUCUCUCGAACAAAUUAAGACCGUACUUUCGACAUCCAAACGGGAAGAGCAAUAUAUAUUGUCUGCUUGA